GUCAGAGCUAGCCCGCAGCGGCAGUAAUAGUAUAGCACUUGUGCCAGCUCUACCCUUUGUCCCGCGCGCAUCUCUUUUGCUUUGAUCUGCUUCUGUACUUAAACCAUGAUGGCUGGCAUUAUGUCUUACUUUGGAGGGAGGCGAGAUACGAAACAGGCAGCACGAGACGCCAUCGUAGGGCUAAGGCAGCAACUACAGAUGAUAGAGAAGAAGGAGGAGCACCUACAGAAGAAGAUUGACGAGGAACUCAAGAAAGCAAAGGCAAAUGCUGUUUCAAACAAGGCUGUGGCUACGCAGGCUCUGCGGCGGAAGAAGGCGAGCGAAUCGGAGAUGGAUCGAUUAGCGGGUCAACGACUGCAGCUAGAACUACAAAUCAACACACUAGAGUCUGCGAAUCUGAAUGCGGAGACGAUGGCUGCUAUGAAGAAGGCUUCAGACGUGCUGGCGUCGAUCCAUGGUAACAUGACCAUGGAUAAGGUCGACUCGACCAUGUCUAAGAUCACGGAACAGAGAGAGAUUGCUACUGAAAUCGCAGAAGCUCUAUCAUAUCCUACUGGUACGGAGGCAGACGAGGAUGACCUCAAGGCAGAGCUCGCGGACCUUGAGCAAGAGACACUCGAUGAACGCCUUGCUGGAGCAGAGCAUGUUCCUUUGCACAUUCCUGCAGGAGCUCGUCGGGUGGAAGAGCGACCUACUGUGGCAGUGGAGGACGACGAGGAGGCUCAGUUGAGGGAACUGCAGGCCGCACUAGCAAUGUGAUAGCUAGAGCCUAGAGUUCCCUUUCCCCUACUGCAUCCCGGUCGAUCUGUUCACCGGGUACCCAUCUGACUUUAUACAUAUAUCCAAGCCCCUUCUCAUAAUAGCCUCUUGCAACAUAUGAUUGUUCAGGAUUUCCCUGUUGGCUCUGGUUGUGUUCUUGUGAAAUUGAGAUAGUGUACAGGAUAAGCAGUAUAUUA